AGGGAAGGGCGGGACGCGUCAUGGCGGCCGCUUCCCCUCAGCGCUGAGGCGCCGUGUGCGCGGGGCGGGAGGGAGGUGCCGCCGGGCGCCCAUGGAGGGCUGCGGGGCCGAGGAGGAGGAGGAGAUGGCGGCGGAGGAGGAUGAAGAGGAGGAGGACGGCGGGCCCUUGCAGCGCCUCGUCAAGCGGCAGCGCAAGGAGAAGCGGGAGCUCCAAGCAAAAAUUCAAGGCAUGAAAAAUGCUGUUCCCAAGAAUGAUAAAAAGAGACGAAAACAGCUGGCUGAUGAAGUUGCCAAACUGGAGGCAGAACUUGAACAGAAGCACAAGGAGGAAUUAAAGCAGCUGAAGGAAGCUACACCUGAGCAGAAUAAGAUAUAUUCUAUAACUGAUGGGGUUGCAAAUGUAGAGCUUGAGCAACAAGAGCAACAGAUUCAGCAACCUCGAAUAUCAAAAGCACAGAAGAGGAGGGAAAAGAAAGCUGCCUUGGAGAAAGAAAGAGAAGAAAGGAUAGCUGAAGCUGAGAUUGAGAAUUUAACAGGUGCUAGACAUGUUGAAAGUCAGAAACUUGCCUCCCUGUUGGCAGCAAGACACUUGGAGAUUAAGCAGAUUCCUUCUGAUGGCCAUUGCAUGUACAGAGCUAUCGAAGAUCAGCUCAAGGAUCGCCAGAAUUCCUGGACUGUUACAACUCUGAGAAACCAAACGGCAAAGUAUAUGCAAAGCCAUUUUGAUGACUUCCUGCCAUUUCUUACAAAUCCCACUACUGGAGACAUGUAUAGCAGAGAGGAAUUUGAAAAAUACUGUGAUGAUAUAGCAAAUACGGCUGCGUGGGGUGGUCAACUGGAACUAAGGGCUUUGUCACACAUUUUGCAAACACCUAUUGAAGUAGUGCAAAUGGAUUCCCCUUCCAUUAUCGUUGGUGAAGAAUAUUCAGGCAAACCAAUAACACUUGUGUAUAUGAGACAUGCCUAUGGAUUAGGAGAACAUUAUAAUUCUGUAAAACUUCUAACAGACACUGCUACAGAAAAUGGCAGCUAACAUUAAAAAAAAAAAUCCACGUGGAUAACAGUUGCAUCUUGAUACGCUGGGCUCCAAACAAUUCUCAGAGAGACUGUGAAGUAAAACUACCUGGAAUGGAUUAACAAUUUAAAAAAAAAAAAAGAGGUACCAGGGUUUUACUGUGAAUCAGAAAAAGUUCUUGGUUUGAAACAAACAAAAAAUGCAAACAAUGCAACAGUAUUUUGAACUUGUUGGUAUUAAUCAUAUUUAGAAAAUCUCUAAAAUGCUGGCUGUAUAGAUUAAAACUUUUUGUUUUAAUAGAGCUUUAUCCCAUGCCACAGUGAAAAUACUCAGCAGUAAAUGUUUUGAUUAAUCUCCAGUCUACUGAAGAAUUAAGGUUACCUGAAGGUUCCUGUCACAUUAUUUCUGUCAGAUUUUCAUGAUCAUGGAAGAGUUGAGGACUUGAAAAAAGUUGACAGACUUUGCAGUGUUUCUUUAGUUUCAACAGGAUAUAGCUUUAAUACUAUAAUAGGGAUCUGCUCCUUUAUUUGGGCAGGGAAGAGCUGGAGGGAAAUUCAAUAGUAGAAUCUCUUGCUUGGUUGAAGGAAUUGCAAACAGUCAUACAAUUUUAUGGAUGCCUAUUUAAGUUUUUGCCAAAGUUUGAGGGAUUCACCUGUGUUUUGCAGCUGGCAGUAGGAACACUUGAUGCUCUUCCAACUACUAAAUCUGUUUGGAAGAGGAUUACUGUUUAUGUACAUCGUAGCAUUGAUGUGAGUUCAUCCUUAAUCUUCAUCUGUGCAUUUUGAUAACACAGAAAUCUUAAAACCAGAAAGCUUCUCAAUUUCUUCAGUUCAGGUAGUGAAAUUUGUCGUAACUCAUCAUUUAUGGAUCUGCUGAUUUAAGUGUCACCUAAAAAGCAGUAUUUUAUAAAGCUUAAAACAGCCGGUUACAUACAGGGAUAAAAAUAACCACUUUGUUUUAUGCCAGUAACUUUAAAGGCAUAAAAGAAUCUACAAAAGAAUUAAUUUCAUUUUCAUUGCUGCUUAUUAUGCACAGAGAAGACUUGAAGGGUGUUUGUUUUUUUUAAAAAUAUGGCUUGUCUUUUUACAUUGGAAAUGAAGAUUUCUGUAUUGAGGUUGCUAUAAUUAUGACUUCAAAAUUAGCAGCAUUACUAUAAUGCAAUCAUUGCUUUUAACAAUAGAUUUUUUUAAACUCUUUGCCAAUAACAUCAUAAAUGUCUGUGUUAUUUUAAUGCUAAUAAGUUAGUGUGGAGAAAAGCAGUUUUUAGCAAACUUAAACAGGUAUGCCCUGGAUUGAAGCUUGAGCUAACAGUGCAUAUUUUGUAAUUCUUCGGUGAAUCUAGCCAGUGGAUUGACCUUUUGGGACUUACAAAUUCUAAAAAGUAAAUCUGCUCUUACUCAAAGAGGUAAGUGUUCACUUUAUGGAUCAGAUUAUGUCUAAUUUAAAGCACUUUGAGAGAGAAAAAUAAAAAAUAGCUAUUUAUAGCAGAAGUGUAGUGGGUGGACAGGAGCUGGUUCAAUAAUGAGAACCUGUGAAUUGUCAGUUCUCUCCUGCAGUCACUUCAGUAGGGUCUUCUAGUUUGAAGGAACCUUCAGAGGCCCUUGUUUGGUCCUCACACACCGUGGCAUUCAGAAAGCCGGGGUCUCUAUUUCUGCAUUUUGUUGGGUCACGGUUACAGCCUCCAGUGCAGCCCACCUUGUGCCUUCUGCAGCCACAGUUUGUUUCCACAUCGGCCCUUGCAGGACCACCCCAUGAUGCUAUUUUUCCUCCUUUGACUGCUUUUAUUGGAACCCAUUCUGCAUCCUCCUUCUCUCCAGGCUCCGCAGUCAGAAAAAAAUCUCUUCUACAUCCAUUCCUGGGGUUGGUGCAAAGGGUUUUGUUACUUUUUGCCAGCGGGUCUUGGGUUUGGGUGGAAUGUAAUCAAAAGAAGAAACUGGAGACUCGGGCGGCCCUUGCUGAAUGCGACGGAGCUUCUGUCCACUGGCAAUAUGAAACCGUGAAUCUAAUUUCAAAGUGUGUAAAAGGUGUGUCUAUUCAUAAUACCACUGAAUUUCACUAAAAAUAAUAGUUUGCAAUACCCUUCUUGGUAUUGCUCAAAAUUGAUACGAAAUGCAUAUGCUGCUUUUCAUAGAUAACUUGUGAAAGAAGUUUGGUUUAUUGGAUUUUCAUUCUUGUUUCUUUACCUGAAAGAGAAAGAUACCAGAAUCAUGGAAUGCCUGUACCAACAGUUUGUUUACAAUCUGUAUAAAGCAAAAGAGUGUUAUAAUAUAGUGAGCGAAAGAUCCUUGCUCAUGUUGUAUGGAACUUGCCAAAAAGUAAUAAAUUGGUUUAUUUGUGGCGAA